AUGCCGAUAGGCACGGUUACGUACUUUAAAAUGAAUACAUCCAUCCAUCCAUCAUCCAUCCAUCUCCAUAUCGGAUCUUCGAUGCCAUCGCUUUGAAAGCGAGUAGCCGAAUCGAUGGCAUGCAGGCUUUUGACUCGUUCGUGGCCUCAGUCUUUAUCACUUUGUACACUAAUUCUGCCACUAUACUACCGGGAAAGGUGGGCCGAAUUCGAUUCAACCUCAACCGACAUCCCAGUUCUUAUGGAGCAGUUCAUCUCCCCAAGGGACUUGGGCAUGCACCCAUAAUCCGUAAUCAAAUUUUCUCCAGGCCCACAGUCCAGGGCCGCGACCAGUACUUAUACAUAAUUG